AGGCAAUAGUCUUAUCAGAAGAGAGAUGGCAGAAACCAGUUCUCCUGCAAAUAUCAAGGAAAAGAUCAAUGCAAUCCGAUCAAUUGUCCCAAACAAAAGCAAUAAUGAGAUAGUUUUGGUGUUGCAGCAGUUUGACAACAACGUAGACAAAGCUGUUCAAGCUUUUAUGGAUGGUAGUGCAAUUCAGGUUCUAAAAGAAUGGAAUAUGACAGGGAAAAAGAAGAACAACAGGAGAAAAAGAAGCAAAUCUAAACAGCUCCAAGGCAAUAAAGAUCCUAAAGAUAAGAAUGUUGGACCUGAGAAGGCAACUCGGGAGCCCCAGGGAAUACAUGGCUGCCAUCUGAACAGGCGCUCUAAGGAUAACUCCUGCAGUAAUUCUGCCAAUGAAAAGUUGGAAGCCACUGGUCUUGAAAACAGAAGCUCAGCAUUUGUGCAGUCAGCACCAGUCUGCCCAGAAAUCACUGAACAAGAACAGCAGAGAAUAUCCAUGGAAUUAACCCCAAAGUCAAUAAACGGAGUAGAACAAUGCGAGCCUCCUCAGUCAUCAGUUCAACUUCAGUGUAACCCAGGCAGGCCAAAGUCAAAAACUUCCUCGGUUAAACCAUCCAACUCUACAACCCACCUUGAAACAAAGCCAGAUGAUUCAGUUAAAAAAAGAGGACCAAACAUUGAAAAAUCACUGAAAGAUUUGCAGCGCUGCACUGUUUCUCUGACCAGAUACCGCAUGAUGAUCAAAGAGGAAGUGGAUAAUUCGGUGAAGAAGAUCAAAGCUGCAUUUGCAGAAUUACACAGCUGCAUCAUAGACAGAGAAGUGUCAUUAAUGGCAGAACUUGAUAAAGUUAAAGAAGAAGCCAUGGAAAUCCUGACUGCUCGGCAGAAGAAAGCUGAGGAGCUGAAGAGACUGACAGACCUAGCCAGUCAGAUGAGUGAGGCACAACUGUCCGAACUCAGGGCUGAAAUUAAGCACUUUGUAAGUGAACGAAAAUAUGAUGAAGAGUUGGGCAGAUCUGCCCGAUUUUCCUACGAUACGGAGCAGUUGAUGAACCAAAUUCAGCUGUGUGGAGAGAUUUCUCGCCCAAAGAACAAUUAUUCUGCAAGAACACCAUGUAAUUCAGUGCUCUCUUCAAUGACUUCACAAGUAACAACUGGCAAGCAAAAUACGCACACACGAAAAUCUUCUAGUAAUGCCAAAAACUUUGAUAAUAAAACAGCCAGCACUAAAGUACAAGGUCAUCUUUCUUCCAAUCCUGCAGAAUCCUCUCCCCAAAGAAUCCCAACAAAUAAGCAGAAUGCGCCUUCUAGCCAGAGACGAAGAUUCAACGCUCAGCAUCAGAGCACCCGGCUCAAUGGAUCUCUUAAGUCACAAGGCACCAAUAAUGAGGCUGAUCAAAGUAAUAUAAAGAGUGGUUCCAGGUCGGAACACAGAAGACAACAGCAUAACAGCUUCAGACAUAAAAACAAAGGAGCUAUGAAAAAUCAAGAUCAGUCCACAACUACAAGGACCACAGAAAAUCUGACGCAUUCAGAAAAAAACAGACGGAAGCAGCAUCCAGCAGACGCCGCGGAUCACCGGCCUUUCCGAGGCAGCGUGGGCAGGGUGUCCCAAUGCAAUUUAUGCCCUGCAAGGAUGGAGGGCUCUGCUGAUGCCACUGUUCUUUCAGUGCCAGCUGUGACUCUGGUGGCUUAAAAUGUCACAGUGAAGGCAGGCAGAGAAAUCUAUUCUCUUUGUUUUAGUUUACUGCUGGAGAUGCUUGUUGAAAUGGUGAAGAAAAUAAUUCAGAACACACAGUCAUUUUAAAUCUG